AUGGCCACCAAGGGUUUCAACGCUGGCGACGCCUUCCCCCAGGACGUUGUCUUCUCUUACAUCCCCUGGUCUGAGGAGGCUGGCGAGAUCACCUCUUGCGGUAUCCCCAUCAACUACUACGCCUCCAAGGAGUGGGCUGACAAGAAGGUCAUCCUCUUCGCUCUUCCCGGUGCUUUCACUCCCGUCUGCUCCGCCAACCACGUUCCCGAGUACAUCCAGAAGCUCCCCGAGCUCCGCGCCAAGGGUGUUGACCAGGUCGCUGUCCUUGCCUACAACGAUGCCUACGUCAUGAGCGCUUGGGGCAAGGCCAAUGGUGUCACCGGAGAUGAUAUUCUCUUCCUCUCCGACCCCGAGGCCAAGUUCUCCAAGAGCAUCGGCUGGGCUGAUGAGGAGGGCCGCACCUACCGCUACGUGAUCGUCAUCGAUCACGGUAAGGUCAUCUACGCCGCCAAGGAGGUCGCCAAGAACAGCCUUGAUCUCUCCAGGGCCGAGUCUGUCCUCAAGCAGCUGUAA